AUGUCUAAAAACCAGUCCUCAAAUGCUUCUAUCAUGAAAAGGCUAGAAGGUAAAGUAGCCUUGAUAACGGGUGGCGCCAGCGGGAUUGGCGAGUGCACGGCGAGGCUAUUCGUUAAGCACGGCGCAAAAGUGAUCAUCGCCGACAUCCAGGACGAGUUAGGCCAAUCCAUCUGCGACGAAAUACGCGACGCAAACGCCCUGUGCUACGUCCAUUGCGACGUCAAACUCGAGGCGGACGUUGAAAACGCCGUCAACUUUGCCGUGGCCAAGCACGGCAAGCUCGACAUCAUGUUCAGCAACGCCGGCACCGGCGGAAGGAUAGACGCCGCCAUCCAAGAAACCGACUACGACAACUUUCGUCACGUCUUCGAUGUCAACGUCUUCGGCUCGCUCGCGUGCGCGAAGCACGCCGCGAGAGUGAUGAUCCCAGCCAAGAAGGGCAGCAUCAUAUUCACGGCUAGCACGGCGGCGGUGACGAAUGGGGAUACGCCGUACUCGUACUUGGCGUCGAAGCACGCGGUGGUGGGGCUGGCGAAGAACUUGGGGGUGGAGAUGGGGAAGCAUGGGAUCAGAGCCAACUGUAUCUCGCCGUUUGGGGUGGCGACGCCGAUGCUGAUGAGUGGGCUUGGGAUGAAGGAUAAGGGGAAGGUUGAAGAGUUUGUGUGUGAAAUAGCCAACUUGAAAGGAGUGGUGUUGGAGGCGGAGGAUGUGGCGGAGGCGGCAAUGUUUUUGGGGAGUGAUGAGUCAAAAUAUAUAAGUGGAAUUAAUCUUGUGAUUGAUGGUGGAUAUAGCACUACCAAUGUUGCUCCAAGGGAAGCAUUAAACAAAUUGUUCUCUUGAUGCAUUUUUAUUUAACUUUCAAUG